CCUUUGUCUACUCAGUAUUUUGUUACUUCGCACAGUACUUACUUUGUAGUUUUUACUCUCUGGAUUUGUGAUGUUUCCCUUAGAUUUCUCCGCUGUGGGGCAAGUUUCGUUGACGCAAGAUACCUUCCAACACCUGGGUGGUCACUUGAGAAGUUCUGAGAGGACUAUUACCUAGAGUCCAUCACCCGUUUAUGGACUCUUGCUAUUACAUGUAGGAACUAUUACUUGCUGGAGAGUGGAGUACGAGUCUUUGUUGAAGUCCAAAAGCACAGCAUGGCAGAGUCUAGUGAUGUUCUCCUAAGUCAAGGUUUCUUCAGUGGGAAGCACGACCAUAUUCAUUUGGAGUUGAGAAGAUCUGGCUUACAUCUGCGAAAGGAAGGGAAGAAAGGCGUGGAAGUUCGCCUGACCUAUUCAUUUGAAGAUAUCAUUGGAGCAUCGGUGGUUAAUGAUGAUGGACUUGAUAUCUGGGUAUGCCCAUUUGUCAAUAAGGGUGUAGUGCGAAAGGCUGGGAGGCGUCUGGAAAUCGUGAAGCUCAAAAUGGAUGGAUCGACUUCACCUGAAUUCAGGGCGAAGACGCUCAAUGCUUUCCGAUUAGCGCUGGUACGUGGUGCACGCCAUCUUGACAUCGGUGUUAAUGAGGAACCAUCAGUAAGAAGAUUCAUGGUCUACAUCAACCCAUACAGUGGUACAAAGCAAGCAGAGAAGAUCAUGAGAACGCAAGUUCAGCCCAUGCUCCAAGCUGCCGGUGUCCAGAUGGAAGUUGUCCUCUCAGCGCAUCGAGGCUUUGUCCAGGAACACGCGAAAUCAGCAGAUUUUAGUGGCAUAGAUUCUAUUCUUAUCGUGUCAGGUGAUGGCUUAGUGACUGAGGCAUUAAAUGGGAUCAUGUCAAGAACUGACUUUGCAUCCGUCUUACAGAUUCCGUUUGCCGUCAUACCGGCAGGCUCAGGCAAUGCCCUUGCAGCCAGCGUGCUUCAUGCGUCUAAGGAGACGUAUGGAAUAGUGGAGGCCGUGUAUGUUGCACUAAAAGGCUCGCCAGUACCGCUGGACAUCAUGAGCGUGACCAGUGCCAAGCGCCGUAUCUACUCCAUCCUGUCUGUGACCUGGGGGCUGCUAGCCGACGUUGAUAUAGGAUCGGAUAAGUUCCGGAAGCUGGGCAACGCUCGCUUCACUCUUGCAUUUAUGCAGACUCUCGCCUCACUGAAGAAGUACCCGGCAAAGCUGUCAUUCUUGCCAGCAGAAGCUGUUGGAGACGUUGCUACUGAUGGCGCGAACACGGAGACUGAAUCUGUGGAGGGUAUCGCUCUGGGACUUGCUGCCGUUCCUAAGAUUCCGUCGUCAUCAUCAUCAAGACGUUCACUACGGCGGAGAGCAACAGCUAGUAAUCACUCAGUUGAAUCGCCAUCAGGUGGCACUGCUUCUAACGGCGCCAGUAAUUUGCAGUCAUAUUCACUGCCGAAAACUGUCCAUCUGCCGGCAUUCUCUGAUGGUCCUCCAGAUCCAUGGGUAGUAGAGGAUGGCCAGUUCAUAUCUGUGUGUGCUGUGAUGCCCAGUCACCUAGCAUGGGAUACACACUUGCAGAAUCAUGCCAGCCUGGCUGAUGGUCUCAUUCACUUGACCUUUAUUGGCAGGAAUGCGUCACGUUCCUCUCUUCUUACCGUCUUCACGGAACUAGGUGCCGGUGCUGGUGAGAUUGCAACUUUAGCAACACACCAAGCCCAUGACUUGCAACACCGGCCUGUGAAAGCUUUUCGUUUGGAGAUGGACCCAGCACUCAGCUACUUGGCUGUUGAUGGAGAGCACGUGGAGGGUGGUAGCAUUCAGUGUGAAGUAAUGCCACAGUUUGUUCAAAUCAUGGCUCGUCUACCUGCUGAGACUCCAGGUUCUGGUUCGAGUACUUCAGCUUCGAAUGAAGCGCUGGCCAGUGAUUCUGCAGCAAAUGCGGCAGUAGCUGAAGAUUCUGUAGUUGGCGCAACAGCAUCCAAUGAUGCUCCGGCUACUACCACUCAUUGUGCAUCAGAUGAUGGGGCGGGUGAUGAUUUUCCUUCUACUGUUGAAGAAGACAGCACUGCGGAUAACAAGGCUGAGCAUAAGGCACACGGCAAUGUGUCCAGUCAGGUAGACCUCUAGUGUUCAGAGAUUGCUCCGCUCCGGCAGCACAGCUGUGCAUAUUCCUGUCUUCAGACUAGGAACAGAGAUUGCUCCGCUCCGGCAGCACAGCUGUGCAUAUUCCUGUCUUCAGACUAGGAACGCUCAUCGUCAUGUAAAUCGACAGAACCGAUCACACGCACUUGGUCCUGAACUCGAUUGUGUGUGUGCAUGCACUCGCGUGCACACACACACACACACACACACACACACACACACACACACACACACACACACACAUACACACACAAAUACACUUAGUUGCCAGUAUGGUCCUUGCUGGCAAAUGCUACUAUAACUUAGUCUAUUAGUGAAUCUGUUAUUGUCUAUAUUAGAGAAUUUUUCUUGUCAUGUUGACAUCUUAGCUAUUUUCAGUUUGAGCUAUAUUAUAGCCUAUAUUUAGUUUCAAUGCACUUGCUGAUUUUUACAAUGGAGUAGUGCAUGGCUGGCUCAUAUAAUAUUGCUACUUCGUAUUCUGCAACUUAGGUUGGCCCGGAAAUACCCAGCCUGGAAAACUACUGUCACUACUGACUUAGUCAGAGCAUCUAUAAACCAUAACUUCUACAGUCACUGGAGUGUGUGUGUGUGAGUGCAUGUGCGUGUAAAAGAGUGUGUUAGCGUUCCGCCGGAGCUGCAGUAUCUCAAGCCACAUCCUGAAGCCCGCACUCCCUUCAAGUUUGAGGACACAUAGCCCAUUGUGGCAGUGCGAAGGAAGGAGGUGUGUGUGUUCGUGCACGCACGCCUGAUUCUGCACUCAGCUGGACCCGGCAGCAGAAGUAUUAUGUCACCAAGUACUGGUAUAGCAUUCACACUCAGUGACAGUCUUUGCCCUGUAUGCUUGAGCAACCACUCAUGCAAUGUUUCCUCCAUGCUGUAGCCAAGAUUUAAUACAUGCCAGCGUAAUAUUCGAAAUAAUUUACCGGUACACAGUUUUACUCGUGUCCUUGAAAUAAUUGUCUACAUCUUCGACAUUCUGUUA